GUCAUAGUGACGCAAUUUUUAGUGGCCAAGAGGAGGGUUGUUUGAAAGCUUGGAACUUUUGUGCGGAUGUUAAUACUUGAAACUAUAAAAUUAUGAAACGAUAGAAGUGAAUGAUCUGUUUAAAUACGCGCCUUAUCUGCGAGCUAAGAAGUAAAUUGUGGACGCAUAAUACCUUCUGCACAAGCGAACGUUAAAGACGUAGCGUGAUAGCUUGCUAGUAGUCAGCUACCCGCUGCUACCAGACUGCUGAAGGAUGGCGAGCGUACAUGAAAGUUUGUACUUUAACCCGAUGAUGACAAACGGUGUUGUUCACGCUAAUGUGUUCGGCAUCAAAGACUGGGUGACUCCGUAUAAAAUAUCAGUAUUGGCGUUGCUGUACGAGAUGACGUCGUCGAAGAUAACGCUACCGGAAAGGAGACGACUGAAUAAGCUCAUCUUGCCUUUGCAGCAGAGCUCAGACCUGUCUCUUGGCCAGUUCCUCAAGACUGUGGAGGGAUGUUGCCCUGAGACCGCAUAUGCCGUCAAAAUCAGGCUCCAUGAAAUGGUAGACGGAGAGCUUAAAGACAUGGAAUACUUCUUUUCGACGCUUCCCACUCCUUUCACAGCUUUUGAUUCAGAGGCAUAUAAAACCAGUGUUGUGGGUCUCUUUAUGAGACACAUGCUCCUGGCUUACAACAAGCUUUCCUUCAGUCAGGUGUACAAGCUGUACAAGUCCUUGCAGCAUUAUUACCACAGCCACUAUUCCAAGCCCACUGAGGGCCAAGUGGGUUUGAUGGCAGUGGCUGCAGAUGACUGUGAUAUGGACCUCACCAGCACCGAGGAUACUGUUGGUGACCGAACUGACAGAGGGGAGGAGGAUGCCCCGUUGGACGAAUCAGAAAUUCGGGAAGAAAACACUCAAAGUAAAGGUCCACUGUCACAAAAGCAAGCAGAGUACUUUCUUGCAAGACAGGCGUACCUUCUGAAGAAUGAUGAAAACAAAUCCCUAAAGCCGGAUGUGCUGCAGGAGGAACUUAACAACAUGCUAAAGUUUAACCCCGACUUUACUGAAGCGCAUUACCUGAACUAUCUGAACAGCAUCAGAGUGCAGGACAUCUUCCUCUCUGCCCAUAGUCUGUUACAUUAUUUUGAUCGCCUCAUUUUAUCUGGGAAUGAGGGGAAGAGCAACGGAGAUGAAGGUUACGGCAGAAGUCUCCGCUAUGCUGCUCUCAACUUAGCCAGCCUUCAUUGUCGCUUCGGACACUACCUGCAGGCUGAUCUAGCACUGCAGGAAGCGAUCCGCAUCGCCCAGGAGUCCAUUGACCAUGUCUGUUUGCAGCAUUGUUUGAGUUGGCUCUACACACUGGAACAGAUGAAAGGAUCAGACACCACUGUGUUAACGUUGGAUUCUGUCACGAUGGCUGCCCAUUUCUGCCUGCCGUACCUGGCUUCUCUGCGCUUCCAGUCUUUGGUCCAGCUGAGGACGACACAGGGUCAAGCUGCAAUGGAUGUGAUGGAUGCGCUAAAGGACGCGGACAUCCUGCAUUGGAAGCAUAGCUUGUCGGAGCUGAUUGAGAUCAGCUUGGCUCAGACGACGUCCAUAUGGAAGAUGUAUGGCAAGAGCACCAUGGCUCUGCAGCAGGCCCAGCUGCUUCUCCACAUGAGCAGCCUAGAGCCGGUCAAUUACGGGGUCCAGCAGAACAACACAGAGGCCUUCGCUGUGGCUCUAUGCCAUCUGGCAGAGUUGCAUGCUGAGCAGGGACUUUAUGGUGCGGUUGCAGAUAUCCUACAGCAUCUUAAAGAUCAGUUUCCUGCUCAUACACAACAUGCCAAGCUCUGGAUGCUGAGUGAUCUAAAAAUCCAAUUUGAGAGGCACAUGAUUGAAGGAAAAUACAACUUGGCAGAACAACUGGUGCCAUCAAUUUCUGCUUUAAACAAAACAGAGGGUCUCUACAGGGAAGUGUGUGUUUUGAAGGUUCUCAAUCGUACCACUGAGGCUUACAGCGUCUUGCAGCGACUGCAAGUGCACUGCGAGAAGAAUAAAUGCACGGAGACAGUCAUCAGAGUUUUGCUUUCUACAGCUGAGCUCCACUGGGAGUCAUCAGGCUUCUCCACAGCUCUUCCUCUCCUUUUCCAGGCCUUGGCUCUGGCUCGACAGCACCACCUACAGUCGUUGGCUUCAGAGACCCUCCUACACUUGGCCUUCACUCAGUUGAUGCUGGGGGUCCCCGAGCAGGCUCUUCUUGUGCUGCAUGAAGCAAUUGAGCCUGUUUUGGCACACGGUGCACUUGUGGACAAAGGGCGUGCCCUGCUGCUGGCAGCCCGCUGUCAGAUGGCUGUUGCUGGAUUCAGGCCAAAGAGACAAGGGCAAGCAGCAGAUUUACAUGUGGCUGUUUCGGCAGUGGACAUGCUAAGUGAGGCUGCAGGAUAUUUUUCCAAGAUCAACUGCAAGGAGCGCCUCUUAGACGUCUACUUCCUGCAGGGUCAUCUUUACCAUUCUCUUGGACAAAUCUCACAACGCAACAAAAGUGCCAUGCUCUUUCGCUUGCUGGACCAGGAGCUACGUUCACCAGCACCAUCAAUUUCUAUGCGCCUCUAACUCUUGUUGUGCUUAAACAAGUCUGAAUUAUGGCACCACUAGAUGGCAGCGAGACUCUGUUCAGCAUCAAAGCCUCUUUUGUGUACAGUACUUAAUUUGCACCAAAGGUGAAUGUGAAACUUGUGUCUUCUGGGGUGACUCAGUAUAGGACAAUAUCAGUGGUCCGUUUAAAUACAAGACAAGGUCCACUUCCUGUGUAAUGGUGGUCCAACUACACUUGUAAAUGAUGGCAUGUUGAUAAAUAAUAAUAGCUUGCACAACAGCAGCAUGGCUUUGUUCUGCAAGAAAUUGUGAAAGUUUAUCAGCAGUUGUCACAUUGCAGCUGUUUAAGCUGCAGCUUUUUGAUAAAUGGAGGUAAUCUUGCAGUUUCACUGGCCUGGAUGAUUCAUGGUUCGCCUGGAGAAUACUGAUGAUGCAUUCACAGAAGGAAAUUGUGAUCACAUUUAUAAUGUAGAAGACCUGCCAUGACAUAACAGCAGACACUGUCUGGAUUGCACUUAGCUUUGACAUGAUGUGUCAGUACGAUUUGGGCUGAUAACCUUUAUAUUUUAUUUCAGAACUGUAGUCUAUGUUUGUUUCUUUUUAAAAUGCAUGUUUGUUUUAAUUGGCCGUGCAAGUAUGAGUGUGGGGAACAUGGCAGCUUUUUGCAUUAAAAAUAUUGACAUCACUUACAGUCAGCCAUCCAUUCUCUAUGCCACUUGUCCUCCAGGGGCUCAGGGAUUAAUUCUACUAAGGUAUUCAUGCAGAGGAACAAGUACAACGUUCCGAAAUUACCAUCUCUGUUCCCACACCUUAAUAUUAUUGAAAAUCUGUGGUGUGAUUUAAAGAGGGCUGUCCAUGCUCAAAAAGCAUCAAACCUGACUCAACUGGAGAUGUUUUAGAACAGGGGUCUCAAACUCAAUUUACCUGGGGGCCACUGGAGCUAG